AUGUCAACCUACUCUUCGAUCCAAAUCGAAGGAGAAGGAAGGCCUUCUUCAGCAAGCAAUACCAUAUUCGAAAAUAAUAAUCCAAUAGAUCGGUCACCAUUAUUAAAUGGAGAUAUAGAGAUCGAGGAUGAAAGCGAUUAUGAGGAUGAAGGACACGGCGGACCACAUCAUGGAUUCGCUAGUUAUUACUCGUGCGCGAUCAAUCUUGCCAACACCAUUCUUGGAACAGGGAUGUUAGCUAUGCCAGCAGCCAUAGCAUCAGUCGGACUUUUACUUGGUAGUAUGAUGAUAAUUUUUGCGGCAACCACUUCUGGACUUGGAUUAUAUUUCUUGUCCCGUAGCGCUUCAUAUACAAAAAGUCGUAAUGCAUCAUUUUUUGCUGUAUCACAAUUAACUUAUCCAUCGGCAUCCUCAUUAUUUGAUGCCGCAAUUGCCAUAAAAUGUUUUGGAGUUGCCGUUUCAUAUUUAAUCAUUAUCGGUGAUUUAAUGCCGCAAGUGAUUAACGGUUUCGGAGAUAGUUUUGUCGAUGAGUACUCAAUAUUUAUGGAUCGACGAUUUUGGAUAACUGUCUUUAUGUUCGUCAUCGUACCUUUGGCAUUCUUAAAGAGACUUGAUUCUCUAAGGCAUACUAGUUUCAUCGCAUUAAUUGCUGUGGUUUAUUUGGUAUUUAUCGUUAUUUAUCAUUAUUUCGGACCUGAUUAUAAAGCCCCUCCAAAAGAAAAAAUACAUCUUGUGAAAUUUUCAACAAAAUUUUUUACAAAUUUACCAAUUUUUGUUUUUGCCUUCACGUGUCAUCAAAAUAUCUUUUCGAUUUAUAAUGAACUUGCGGACAAUAGUCAAAAAAAUAUUAACAGUGUGUACAUUGGUGCGAUCGGAACUUCGGCCACAAUAUAUCAGGUCAUUGGAAUAUUGGGAUAUUUGAGUUUUGGUGAUGACGUCUUUCCAAACGUCAUUUUGAUGUACAAAUCAAGUGUUUUUGUUACUAUCGGUCGUAUUGCGUUUGUGAUUUGCAUACUUUUCUCAUAUCCAUUACAAGCGCACCCGGCACGCGCUUGUCUAGAAAAAUUACUUUUUUAUAGAUCAAAAUCCACGAAUGGUUAUAAGAAACUUCCUUCAUCAGAGAUGUCAAAUGUAAAUUAUUUCGGAUUAACUACCGGUAUUCUGAUAUUUAGUUAUAUCAUCGCUAUAUCGGUGUCAAAAUUAGAUUUGGUACUUGCAUUCGUAGGAUCAACGGGAUCCACCGCAAUUUCUUUUAUAUUACCAGGAUUAUUUUAUUAUAAAAUUCAUGAAAAUGAUCCAUGGGAUAAAAAGAAAAUAUUGGCCAUGUGUUUAAUGAUUUAUGGUCUAUGCGUUAUGACCAUUUGUUUGACAUUAAAUAUCGUAAAAGUUUCAUCUUAA